CUUGCGACGGCGAAGAUACAACGCGAAGCGAAGAGGGCGGAAGGGAGAUGGGAUCACUUCUCGGCGACUGGCCGUCCUACGACCCCCACAACUUCAGCCAACUCCGCCCCGCCGAUCCCUCCGCCCAACCCUCCAAACUUACGCCUGCAACUUAUCAUCCUACUCAUAACAGGACUCUUCCACCACCAAACCAAGUGAUAUCAAAUGAAGCCAGAAAUAUUCUUCUGAGGCAUUUCUAUCAGAAGUCAGAAGAGAAGUUUCGACCAAAAAGAGCUGCCUCGGAUCACCUGACAUCCGAACACAAUUGCAAGCAACCCAGAGCUGCCUACGCUGAUGGAGCGCAUUAAGCUGAACAUAUUCUAGUUUCAUGCUUAACUAUCUCCUAUCUCCUUUGUGAGCUCGGCAUAUAGCAGUCUCUUUCUCUCUCUCUCUCUCUCUCUCUCUCUCUUCAGAUGCGUGUGUAGCUUGUGCCCACUGCAUAAUUUGCAGGCAUGUAUUGUAUGUUGACUGUCGUUAUAAUAUUCAGAUAAGCAAUUAAAUUAGAUUUGCAGUAGUUUCUUGAACCUUGAA